AUGCGCGGAGCUCCUGCGCCGGAGCCGCCUGCUGUGAAGGCCAUGAUCACUUUUACCAGCUUGCUUUUUCCAGUGGCACCCGAGCCCGAGCCGGAGGCAGCUAAGGAGGAGAAGGCCCCUCCUCCAGAGCCGGUCGCCGAGGAGAAGGCACCUGAGCCAGAACCCGUCAAGGAGGAGAAGGCCCCAGCUCCGGAGCCAGUGGCCGAGGAAAAGGCACCCGAGCCUGAGCCGGCCAAAGAGGAGAAGGCUCCUGAGCCGGAGCCAGCAAAGGAGGAGAAGGCACCAAAGGCCGCUUCUCCGAGUGGCAAGGAUGUCAAAGCGCUGCGGGAGAGAUCCCGCGCGGGCAUCCUGGACUGCAAGAAAGCCUUGACCGAGUGCGGCGGAGACAUGGACAAGGCUAUGGAGUGGCUGAAGAAGAAGGGCAUGGCAAAAGCCGACAAGAAAGCUGGCAAUGUGGCAGUGGAGGGCUGCGUGGCCUCGUAUGUCCACUUCAACAACAAGAUCGCUGUCCUGGUAGAGGUGAACAGUGAGACCGAUUUCGUUGCCAGCAACGCGAUCUUCAAGGAGUUCACUGCUGAUGUCGCCAUGCAAAUUGCAGCCAACUCUGAUGUGGCGUACGUGACCACGGAUGACGUUCCUGCGGCGGAGAUGGAGAAAGAGAAGCAGCUUGAAAUGACCAAGGAGGAUCUGGAGGGCAAGCCAGAUGCGAUCAAGGAGAAGAUUGUGGGAGGCCGCUUGAAGAAGAAGUUCGAGGAGAAGGCGUUGAUGAGCCAGAAAUGGUUGAAGGACGAGGACAUCAGUGUCCAGGAGGCCGUGAAGCAGACCAUUGCAAAACUCGGCGAGAACAUCGUCAUCAGGCGUUUCCAGCGCUUGACUUUAGGCGAGGGCCUGGAGAAGAAGGACGACGACUUCGCCGCUGGAGUGGAGAAGGAGCUUGCCAAGUACAAGAACGCAGGUGGAGAGGCAAAGGAGGAGAAAAAGGAGGAGAAGGAAGAGAAGAAGGAAGAAAAGAAGGAGGAGAAGAAAGAGGAGGAGAAGAAGGAAGACAAGCCGAAAGUUGCAGUCUCUGCAGCACAGGUGAAGGAGCUGCGCGGCCGGUCUGGCGCAGGAAUCCUCGACGCAAAGAAGGCCUUGACCGAAUGCGAAGGAGACAUGGACAAGGCCAUGGACUGGCUCAAGAAGAAAGGCAUGGCCAAGGCUGACAAAAAGGCUGGGAACCUCUCCGCGGAGGGCGUCAUCGCCUCCUAUGUGCACUUCAACUCUAAGCUGGGCGUGCUUGUGGAGGUUAACAGUGAGACCGACUUCGUCGCCAUCAACUCGAUCUUCAAGGAGUUUGCGUCGGACGUUGCCAUGCAAAUCGCAGCCAACCCAGAUGUGAACUUCAUCUCCGUCGACGAUGUGCCAGCCGACCUGAUGGAGAAGGAGAAGGCUCUUGAGAUGCAGAAAGAGGACCUGGCAGAGAAGCCGGAUGCCAUCAAGGAGAAGAUUGUGUCCGGACGUCUCAGGAAGAAGUUCGAAGAAACCGCCCUGCUGAGCCAGAAGUGGCUCAAGGAUGAGGACAAGACCGUGCAGGAGGUUCUGAAAGAGCGGAUUGCCAAGCUGGGUGAGAAUCUCGUCAUCCGACGCUUUGCUCGCCUCCAGCUUGGAGAAGGCCUCGACAAGAAGGAUGACGACUUUGCCGCAGGUGUCGAGAAGGAGCUCGAAAAAUAUCGGUAG